GCGCGGCGGGAGGCCCACGUGACGGGAGCGCGGGCUUUGGAAGGCGCCGGCGGCCGCCGUCUCGGAGCUGAGGAGGAGCGAGAGCGCGCGCGCAGCCCCGCGACCCCAACGGACACCGGUGCCCCUGACCACCAUGGGAAUCCACGGCCUGGCCAAGCUGAUCGCCGACGUGGCGCCUGGAGCCAUUCGGGAGAAUGACAUCAAGAGCUACUUUGGGCGGAAGGUGGCCAUCGACGCCUCCAUGAGCAUCUACCAGUUCCUGAUCGCGGUGCGGCACGGCGGGGACGUGCUCCAGAACGAGGAAGGCGAGGCCACCAGCCACCUGAUGGGCAUGUUCUACCGGACCAUCCGCAUGGUGGAGAACGGCAUCAAGCCCGUGUACGUCUUCGACGGCAAGCCGCCCCAGCUCAAGUCGGGCGAGCUGGCCAAGCGCGGCGAGCGGCGAGCCGAGGCCGAGAAGCAGCUGCAGCAGGCGCAGGAGGCGGGCGCCGAGGAGGAGGUGGAGAAGUUCACCAAACGGCUGGUGAAGGUCACCAAGCAGCACAAUGACGAGUGCAAGCGGCUGCUAGGCCUGAUGGGCAUCCCCUACCUGGAGGCGCCCAGCGAGGCCGAGGCCAGCUGCGCCGCCCUGGUGAAGGCCGGCAAGGUCUAUGCCGCCGCCACUGAAGACAUGGACUGCCUGACCUUCGGCAGCCCUGUGCUGAUGCGGCACCUGACCGCCAGCGAGGCCAAGAAGCUGCCUAUCCAGGAGUUCCACCUGAGCCGCGUGCUGCAGGAGCUGGGCCUCACCCAGGAGCAGUUUGUGGACCUGUGCAUCCUGCUGGGCAGCGACUACUGCGAGAGCAUCCGCGGCAUCGGACCCAAGCGCGCCAUGGACCUCAUCCAGCAGCACAGGAGCAUCGAGGAGAUCGUCCGGCGGCUGGACCCCAACAAGUACCCGGUGCCCGACAACUGGCUGCACAAGGAGGCCCGGAGCCUCUUCCUGGAGCCCGAGGUGCUGGACGCCGAUGCCGUGGAGCUCCGGUGGGGCGAGCCCGACGAGGAGGGCCUGGUCGCGUUCAUGUGCGGAGAGAAGCAGUUCAACGAGGAGCGGAUCCGCGGCGGGGUCAAGCGGCUGAGCAAGAGCCGCCAGGGCAGCACCCAGGGCCGGCUGGAUGACUUCUUCAAGGUCACGGGCUGUCUCACGUCGGCCAAACGGAAGGGGCCGGAGCCCAAGGGGGCCGCCAAAAAGAAAGCAAAGUCUGCUGCGGCGGGCAAGCCCAGAAAGGGGAAAUAAAACCAUGCCCUCCCCCUCCACAGGUGUGCCUUUGGGGUCUUGUGGUUGGGAGUGCCGUUUCCUCAUCAACUUGGGGGUGUCUGGGGCAGGCAGCCAGGGCUGGCUCUCGAGCUCUUGUCACUAGCUUGGUAGUGGGCCUGGUAGCAGGCAGUCGGGCCUGCCGAGAGGAUUCAAAGGUGCCCCCCGUCCCCAGACGUCUGGGAUGAGCCAGAAACCACCACGUCUGUCCUUGUUCUUCUCCUGGCCCGAGAAUCGGGCCCACCUGGAUCCUCAGGACAAGAUAGUUGUUUUCAUAUUUGCUUAAGCUUCUUUAAAAAAGUUAAUAAAGUUGUUAGAUGCUCAA